AUGGACUUCAACUCAACCACGAACAAGCUCAUGCAGCUCGAGGCGCUACUGCAUUCUGCACUAGCCACACUGGGAGUAUCAAGCGUAAAUUACAAGAACUCUCUUCCUCCAAGAGCGCUGUUCGAUGCCCAAAGAACGAUUCUCGCUGCAGUUGGUAUGAUCACUGAACUAGUGAGUACGCCGAGCGUACGUCUUCUGGAAGUAUCUAUGCAAUAUUUCGAGGCACGAGCUUUACACAUAACAGCUGAAAAGCGGAUCCCAAACAUGCUUGCUGGCUGUGAUGAGAACGGUGUCGCGGUCAAAGAGCUGGCAGAGCAAGCGGGUUGCGACGCCCUGAAACUAUCUCGAAUUAUGCGUUGUCUUUGCUCCAUACACAUCUUCAAGGAAGUGCAGCCUGACCGGUUUGCGAAUAAUGAAGUGUCAGCUGCCUUGGUAAACAACGAGCCUCUCAGGGCAUAUAUUGUAAUGUUCGCAUUCGACCUGUACUCUGCUUCAGAUCAUCUACCUAGAUCUCUUUUCGAUAAGAAAAUGGGCCCUUCAUACGAUGUCGCAGAGACUGCCUUCCAAAAAGCUUUAGGCACCCACAAACCAAGAUGGGAGUGGUUCGAAGACAAGAUUACCGUGCAAAAUUUGCUGGACGGCCGUUGCGGGACUGACGGAGGACAAAGCGGAUAUCCUGGUCCUUUCGGCUCCGAGCUGGACAAGGCAGUGGAAGGCAAGGCUGGAUCUGAGCUGAUAGGCCGGCCAGAAUUGCCCAUCUUUGGCCUCGCAAUGGUUGGAGGAGGUAGAGUCCUUGGGAAGGCUCAUCUCUAUGACUAUCCUUGGGAAUCGCUAGGCUCCGCUUGUGUCGUCGAUGUGGGAGGAGGCGUUGGUGGAUUCUGUCUCCAACUUUCGCAGGUCUACCCGCAGUUGCGAUUUGUCAUACAAGAUCGCGCACCGGCGCUGGAGCAGGCAGAGACGGUAAUUUGGCCUAAAGAAAAUCCAGACGCUAUUGCACAACAAAGGGUGCAGUUCUAUCCGCAUGACUUUUUCGAACCAAACCCGGUAAAAGAAGCCGAAGUGUAUUGGCUUAGAUAUAUCAUGCACGAUUGGUCAGACGAGUACUGCGUCCGCAUUCUGAAAGCCAUCAAGCCUAGCAUGGGCCCACGAUCACGGAUUCUGAUCUGUGAUCAGGUCAUGAACACGACGCUGGGUUCGGAAGAGCUCACUGCUGCACCCUCUCCUUUGCCUGCUAACUGGGGGUAUUACACGCGUUACUCGCAUCAACGCGACCUCGCGCUUAUGGCAGCGAUAAACGGUAUUGAACGCACGCCUCGUGAAUUCCGUACUAUUGUUGAGAAAUCGGGAUUAAAGCUACUCAAGAUAUGGGACUGCCGCAGUCAGGUUUCAUUAGUAGAGGUUGUACUGCCUGAGUCAGAACUAUUGUAAAGAAGAAGAGGGAAAAGAAGGCAGAAGGGAAAAAAAGAAGCAUGAGGCUACCGACUACGAGACGAAGGUAGGGUCCAUUUGGGAGACCAAGAGCUUCAAUGUUUUGCUGGGGAUGAGAAUUUUCAAUCAGAAUCAUUCAUAAUACAGAGUUCAACUAUGG